AUGAAACAGCAAACUGUCCGACAUGUCCUGACCGAUAUUAUCGGUGAAUGGGGUCUAUGGCAGCUAAAUAUUGUCGUAUUUGCAAUUAGUUUACAUAUAUUUAUGGCUAUAAACUCACUUAGCGUAGCAUUUUAUGCGCCAACCAUUAAGUACUGGUGCGCCGAUAAUAAUAAUAAUACAAUUAUCGGUGACGUUGUUAAUAAUCAAUUUCAUCUAAUAUGCGAUAGACAAGGAUUGGCAUCACUCAGCCAAUCGUUGUAUAUGUUUGGCCGAGCACUGGGUGGUGUCAUAUUUGGCUGUCUGUCCGAUCGAUUCGGUCGGAUACCUAUACUAGGACUAACACUUCUAUUGGAAAUAAUGGCCGGCCUAUCCAGUGCACUGGCCAUCAAUAUACUACAGUUUACUAUAGCGCGUACAGUACUCGGGUUUGUAGCCAAUGGUCGCUAUUUGUGUACAAUUAUGUUAGUUACCGAAUGUUUGGAUAGUAAAUAUAGAGUCCAUUUGGGUAUAGUUUUAUCGUUUGGUCUAUCUAUGGGUUACUGUCUAUUGCCGGGUAUUGCCUAUUUGUUGCCAAACUUUCGACAUAUGAUAUUAGCUACAAUAAUACCCGAAUUUGUAUGGCUUCUGUGGUUAUUAUGGAUACCGGAGUCGCCCCGUUGGCUAAUAGCCAAUCGUCAGUGGAAUCGUUUGGAACGGCUGGUCAGACAGGCUGUCCAAAUGAAUUCAGUGUCGAUCAAUGAUUGGCAAAAUCAGAUAAAAUUGUUGAUUAGUCAACAAAAUAAUGAAAAUAAACGGUCAUAUAUUUGGGACGUUUUGAAGUCACCAAACCUCCGGAGGACAACCCUAAUCAUGUUUUUUACGUGGUUUGUCAAUGCAUUUGUCUAUUACGGUAUAUCGUUAAAUAUCGGCGAUUUCGGGGGCAAUUUGUUUAUCAAUUUUCUGGUCGCCGGUCUGAUUGAAUUUCCCAGUAUUUUGCUGGCUUUAGUUGCACUGAAAUAUAUUGGUCGCCGACCACUCGUUGCCGGACUUAUGUACGCGAGUGGACUGUCGUGUUUGGCUGUCAUACCGUUCAUAUCGACGACCACUACUACUACCACUACUACUGUAUGGCCGAGGAUUACCAUUGCAUUGAUCGGCAAGUUUUUCAUUGGCUGUUCGUUCAAUAUUAUCUAUCCAUACACUGCCGAAGUCUAUCCAACAGUGGUCAGACAGGUCGGUGUGGCCACGUGUUCAGUGGCUGCACGUGUUGGGUCAAUGAUAGCACCGUUUGUCAAAGAGCUGAAUGUAUACACCGGUAUGAGUGUUGUACUGACCAUUUUCGGUAGUCUGUCCAUUGCCGACGGUGUGUCCGUACAUUUUCUACCCGAAACUCGUGGCCAACAAAUUGCCGAUACUAUCGAUGAAGCGGAACAACUCAAUAGUUAUCGCUAG